UUCUUCGUUGUAGCCCAAAAAUUCAGGGAGAUAUGCAGGGACAUCUGUGAGCGCGAGUUCGCCGAGACAGGUGCCAAUAUCGAAAUGACGCCGAUUCGUAAGUUGGUAGCGCAUUUAGCCUUAAACCAAAAGCGCUUCUUUUAUUCUGAUUCCAGACGAAUUUUCCGAUAUCUGAGAUCUGUAGACUAUCACGCUGACGUGCAUGCGCUGAAGACAACCGGAGGACGAAUGAACAAGGUGACGCUGCCGUCGAUUCCGUGGAUCCGUACAAUGGACAAUGAUGUCGUAGGCGACAUUCUGUACUACUUUUCGACCUACCACGGCCGCGCGAUGCUCCGGAUCGUGACUGAGAAGCUCAACGCAGCCUACGACGCAUUCAUGGAGCAGCACCCGUACUUCAACGGCCCAAUCAGCCUGGUUGCGCAUUCGCUGGGCGGCAUGAUCUGCUACGAGAUCUUGUACUACCAGAAGCUGCGCUCGCUAGCCCACAAGCAGCACUGCAAGAUCAGCCAGCUAGCCCGUGUCGAGCACGAGCGGUACGUGGAGCUGCCGAAGCUGAAAUUCACGCCAACGCGCCUAUUCACCAUGGGGUCGCCGCACGGCGGCACAUUCGUGUUCCGGCACUUGGAUUUCGACUCCAUUCAAUAUUGCGCCCAUUGGGUUCCACAAUAUCUUCCACCCGUAUGACCCGUUUGGGUACCGGACCGAGCCCCUGGUGGACGAUGAGUUUGCGGACUCGCCGGCUGUGCCGAUUGUGAGCCAGCCGGUGGAGCUGUUUGCGAAACGCCAGUCCCUGAGCGGCAGCAUGGCGGAGUUUGGUCGGUCGCUGGUGGACUCGGCCAUGACGGCGCCGCAGACGAUUUCGUCCGGAAUGCUCAAGGCUGCGCGCACGUCAGUUUCAUUGCCAUUCACGGCUGUGUCGAGCAUUAUGGGCAGCACCGGGUCCAGCAGCCACCACACGCCGGUGCGCUCAAAUACAUCGCCCAUGGA